CAGACAGGCUAGCUGCGGGCUCUAGUCGCUGAGAUCUCAAAAGUAUUUCUGCGGCGCCCCGGGGCGGGUGCUGCUUCAGAGCCCUGGUUACGAUCUGUGAGCCCAGCCUCCGCUCUCUGUGGGGAGGGGCCACCCAGCCGGGGUCUUACUUUAGGAGCCCUCCCAUGGCUUCCCAUGAGAGGGUGGAGACAAUGACCAAAGGAACAGGGAUCUUGCGUUGCCCCAAGCCGGCCACUUACACUCCAGAGACCUGCGAGCUGCUCAGAGUGAUGAUGAAGGAAUCCAGACUGACAAACUUCCAACAGCGCCACAUCAUGGACACCAUGAAACGAGGAGACACUCUCCCCCUACAGUGCAGUCCAACUUCCAGCCAGAGGGUGUUGCCUUCCAAGCAGCCAGCCUCAGCCAUCUACCUGCCUCCCAUCCUGGCCGUUCGGUCCCACCUCCGGCCUGCCAGCAUGUGCCAAGCCAACGGGGCCUACAGCCGGGAGCAGUUCAAGCCUCAAGCCACCCGAGAUCUGGAGAAGGAGAAGCGAAGACUCCAGAAUAUUUUUGCCACCGGGAAGGAGCCAGCGGAACGGAAAAGAAAGCCCCCUCCUGUGCGACGGGAGAACCCAGACCCUGAACUGGACCGGUUUGAAGAACUGGUAAAGGAAAUCCAGGAGAGGAAAGAAUUCCUGGCUGACAUGGAGGCCCUAGGGCAGGGCAGACAGUACCGAGGGAUCAUCCUUACUGAAAUCUCCCAGAAACUGCAGGAAAUGGAAGACCUGGACCACAAGAGGAGUGAGGAACUUAGGAAGGCUCUCGCCACCACUUAAUCUGCCUCCGGAGGGGGGCGGGAGAGCCCAACCUCUACCACUGGAGCCCACCCCCUUGCCAAGCAGGGUCAGCCCCAGGUCAGCCCACCCACCCCGGCCUUCAGCCAUGUAAAUGGUUGUAUAGCACUGCCCCUACUUAGGGAACCCUGGACAUAGCACCCUAGAAAAUGGACGUCUCAGAAAAUGAGCUGAUUCUCCUUGAGACUCUGCCCAGGGAUCCUCGGUCAGCUGAGCCUCUAAGACCAGACACAGAUACAGACACGUACACACACACAGUCUUUUCUUGGGGAAAGAGCCCCACACACAGUGAAAGCAAGGAUCCAGGUCUCACCAUCUUGGGUGUAUGUCUAAGGGCAUCCACUGGGCUCCCUUCCCAUGGCCUCACCCACUGCAUGUCCCUGUGUCCGGCACAUUAGGUUUUCUGAACUUAGUAAUGAAUAUGAUUCCUUUCUUCCUACCUGUCUUAGGACCUACUUAUUUGACUUCUUAUAGCUUUGGGCAAAUAUUUAACCACUGUGAUUAACAGGCUAAUAAAACACAUUUAGCGUAGGUCAUUACGCACACCAUUUUGUUUUCAGAGGGAUAAACCUUAUUUGUUCAAGGAGUUAGAAUUUUUCAAGUCCAGUUGGUUUCUAGCUGUUUUGCACAUUUCAAGUGAAAAUGGAACGAAGGCUCCUGGAGCACCCCAUGGCCGGGCACUACGGUGGGUGCCGGUGUCACUCUCGGCUGAUUCUCUCAAUAAAUGCCUGUGACGGUUCAUUAUCCCUAUGUGAAAACCAGGGCUCACCAAGAUGCUAUGACCUGAGUCAUUUAACUAGCAAGUAGCCUAUGCAGGAUUAAAAGUUAACUUUCUGUCUUUCCAUCAAACG